GUUGGAACUUCGGCUGGAUAGGAAGCCCAGAGAAAUUCUGCAGAUCGAGGUGCUUUCGCUUUCCUCCUCUACUUUUUCCUUCUGUAACUGCGUGUUUGCCCAUUUGCCGUCUCUUCUCUAUUUUCUCGGGAAAAUCCAGAAAGAAGAGGUUUCCAUCAGACAACUUCGAAGGAAAUAAGAGUCAGAGACGCGAAAAAUCUCUGGGGUAGACAUUACAGUGCAGAUCACACUUAACCAACAAUUGCUUUUUGAGAGCAGACAGGGUAUACUUAUGUUUGAAAUAUGUUUAGUUCGCUGAGGAAAAAGUUGAAGUAUUUCAAUUGACAAUCCAUCGACUUUUCCUGAGAGCGUUCCUGGGUUGGGGCAGGAAUCGAGUGAGAUCAUAUACAGUGAAGAGGAACUUCUAAACAAGAAGAGCUUGCUAGAAAUGGGGAAAGAUAGAGAAGUCAUUCCAACGAUCGAUUUGGAAGAGGUUCCUGAGAAAAUAUUGAACCUAAGAAUCCGAGAAGCUAGUGAGAGAUGGGGAUGUUUCAGGCUGAUGAACCAUGGCGUGCCUUCGGCUCUGAUGUCUGAGAUGAAGGAGACAGUGAGGAGUCUUUUCGACCGUCCAGAUGAUGUGAAGAGGCGAAACACAGAUGUGAUUCUGGGAAGUGGAUAUAAGGCUCCUAGCAAGAUCAAUCCUCUCUAUGAAGCAUUGGGUCUCUAUGACAUGGCCUCUUCUCGAGCUGUUAAUACCUUCUGUGACCAACUCGAAGCCUCUCCUGGACAAAGGGAGACUAUACUGAGCUAUGCUAGAGCUAUUGAUGGUCUUGCAAAGGAUUUAGCUCGGAGACUAGCAGAGAGUUACGGGCUGCAGAAUGAUUUUUUCUCGGGAUGGCCAAGUCAAUUUCGAAUUAACAAAUACCAUUUUAAACCAGACUCAGUGGGGAAACCCGGUGUUCAAUUGCACACGGAUUCCGGAUUCUUGACAAUCCUUCAAGAUGAUGAAGAUGUCGGCGGCCUAGAGGUGAUGGACAGUUCCUCCCAAGAGUUUGUUCCUGUAAAUCCUUUGCCGGGCACACUUCUUGUCAACCUCGGUGACAUGGCUUCGAUAUGGAGCAAUGGAAGGUUGUGCAAUGUGAAACAUAGAGUGCAAUGCAAAGAAGCAACUAUUAGGAUCUCUAUUGCAUCAUUCCUCUUGGGGCCAAUGGAUACAGCUCUGGAACCUCCAGCUGUGUUUGUGGACUCUGAACAUCCUCGUCUGUAUGUGCCUAUCAGCCAUGAAGGGCUUCGUAAGAUUAGAAUGACUAAGGGUCUGCAUGCCGGUGAAGCUUUUGAGCAUUUACGUGCAAACCAGGGAGAUGAUUGACCGGAAAACUGAUUGGGUUGUAUUAUUAUUGUAUUACGGCAUAAAAAAAACUGCAUAUAUGUUGUGAGCAGUUUCAAUGGCACGCAUAAGAAGGAAAAAUAAAACUCGUAUCUGUCACCA